AUGUGUUCUCUGUCCAAGCCGGAGGAGCUGCUGUUCCACGAGCUGAGCUGCCCCAUCUGCCUCCAGCUCUUCUCCGACCCCGUCGUUCUGCCCUGCGGCCAUAACUACUGCCGAGCCUGCAUCUUCAAGUCUGUAGACAAGUUGGACCAACGCUGCCCAGAGUGCCGCUUGGAGUACCAGGGGCUGGAUUCCCUGCACAGGAACUUCAAACUGUGCAGCAUCGUGGAGGGUUACCGAGCCUCCACCCUGCAGCUGGAGCAGCAGCCCGAGAGGAUGGAGGUCUACUGUGAUCACUGUAUCGAUGAGCAGACACCGGCUACCAAAACCUGCCUCAAAUGUGAGGUGUCGCUGUGUUCCAGACACUUCCAGAGGCACAACGAGAAGGAGUCGUUCAGGUCUCACACGGUGGUGGACCCCCACACGGAGCUGGUUCUGGGGGUGAAGGGCUGCUCCAAACAUCCGGGGCGACCCCUGGAGUAUUUCUGCUCCAACGACAUGUCCAUGAUGUGCAGCACGUGUUUCACAGAAGGACAACACCACGACCACGACGUCCUCACCUUCAGCGUCGCCGAGGAGGAGAUGAGGAGAGCGCUGGAGGGACGGAACAAGGUGGUUUCCAGCAGGCUGCAGAUGACUGAGUGUCUCCUCCAGAGGACAGCAGUGGACCAAGGAGCAUCUGAAGCGAUCGGAGACAAAGUGGUCAAUAAGGCCGUCUCUAUCAUGGACAGCAUGGCUGCUCUAGUGGACAGGUACAGGGAGCGUCUGCAUGUGCUGCUGGAGGAGGAGCGAGGGCAGCGCAGGAAGAGCUGGCAGCUCGGCCUGAGUGCUCUCGGAGAGCAGCAGCAGCAGUUAGUGGAGGCUCAGAGGAUCGCCACGGAGGCUCUCAAUGAGGAGGACACAUGCAUGUUCAUACACAGGUUCAUGCUGAUUGAACACAAGCUGAGAGAAGCUGCUACAGUCACCAUGCCCUCCACGCUGCCCUCCAAAGAUCCGCUCAACACCAAGCGGCUCCAGGAAGGCCUCAAAUCCCAAGACUUCCGCUACAAAAUGACCUGCCUGCUGGACUCCCUGCAGGUCAUCUUGUACCCGCUGGACCUCAGCUUCAACCUGAGCACGGCCCACCCCAGCCUCAUCAUCUCCAACGACCUGCGCACCGUCAAGUUCAGCCCCAGCAAGCAGCCUUACGGGGACCACCCGGAGCGUUUCACCACGGCCCCCCAGGUCCUCUGCAGCCAGGGCUUCUCCAGCGGGGAGCACGUUUGGGUGGUGGAGAUGGGCGCCAACAGCAUGUGGUCGCUGGGCGUGUGUUACAAGAGCAUCCCUCGCCGUGGCGACCACAGCCGUCUAGGACACAACUCCGUUUCCUGGAGGCUGCAGUGGAAAAACAACAAGCUGACAGUGUGCCAGUCGUCCUCCAACAUGGCCCUGGGGGACACCACCAGCCCCCCCCUGAGGGUCGAGGUGGCCCUGGACUACGAGGCGGGGACCUUAAUGUUCCACAACACCAAAGGGCGCAGGCAGCACCUCCACACCUUCAGGGCUGUGUUCAGGGAGCCGGUUUUCCCAGCUUUCAGUAUACACUCGAACACAACAGAGUCCUGGAUCACACUGAACAGCGGGAUGUGA